AAAAUAAAGUGAAGUAGGAGAAGAGAGAGAGAACAUUAUUCAUUUUCUGUGUACUUCUUUAUCGUUUCUGAAAAUCUUCAACAUACCCUUUGUUUUGUAUUGGAGUAUGCUUUACUUGACACACUCUACAAACAAACACUCCCCUAGAGCUAAAAACACAACCUUCUGAGUUGUCUUUCACUAAAAAUAAACAUUUUUCUUUUCUAUUAUUUAUGUUUCUGUCUUUACACAGUUCAUAGCUGAAAAAUACAUCGUUAAAAGUUAGGUAGUGAAGGAAGAAAGUGAUGGCAGGAGGUGGUGGUGGUGGAGGAGCUCCGGCACCAAAAGCAGAUGAGCCACAGCCACAUCCACCAAAGGAUCAGCUACCAAAUGUUUCUUAUUGCAUAACAAGUCCUCCACCUUGGCCUGAGGCCAUACUUCUUGGUUUUCAACAUUAUCUUGUGAUGCUGGGAACAACCGUGUUAAUUCCUACUUCUCUCGUUCCUCAGAUGGGAGGUGGCAAUGAGGAGAAAGCUAAAGUUAUCCAAACACUACUCUUUGUGGCUGGAAUCAACACAUUGGUGCAAACUUUGUUUGGAAGCCGAUUGCCUGCAGUAAUCGGAGGGUCGUAUACCUUUGUUCCGACAACAAUCUCAAUCAUUCUUGCUGGUCGAUUCAAUGAUGAGCCAGAUCCUAUAGAGGUUUGUAUGAGAACAAUUCUUGCUAUAAAUUGUGCAAAGUUGAUACAUCAUUCACUUGCUUGGUACAUGAACUGUUCGAUAACUGUCUUUACCGGAUUUUUUUGCUUUAUUUUCUCUAUGCAGAAAUUCAAGAAGAUAAUGCGGGCAACCCAAGGUGCUCUUAUUGUUGCUUCAACCCUUCAAAUAGUACUAGGGUUUAGUGGUCUUUGGCGUAAUGUUGCAAGGUUCUUAAGUCCACUUUCAGCAGUUCCUUUGGUUUCUCUUGUUGGUUUUGGGCUGUAUGAGUUGGGCUUUCCUGGGGUUGCUCAAUGUGUAGAGAUUGGAUUGCCAGAACUUGUUUUGCUAGUAUUUGUUUCACAGUUUGUACCCCAUGUGCUCCAUUCUGGAAAACAUGUCUUCGACCGUUUCUCUGUUUUAUUCACGGUUGCAAUUGUCUGGUUAUAUGCUUAUAUUCUCACCGUUGGAGGGGCCUAUAACCACGUUAAACAUAAAACACAGAUAACCUGCCGCACUGAUCGUUCUGGCCUAAUAGAUGCUGCUCCAUGGAUUCGUGUUCCGUAUCCAUUUCAAUGGGGUGCACCUUCAUUUGAUGCGGGUGAAGCCUUUGCCAUGAUGAUGGCAUCCUUUGUUGCUCUAGUAGAGUCCAGUGGAGCUUUUAUUGCUGUUUACCGGUUCGCAAGUGCAACACCAUUACCACCAUCAAUUCUUAGUCGUGGUAUUGGUUGGCAGGGUGUUGGCAUUCUGUUAUCAGGAUUGUUUGGAACCGGCAUUGGAUCUUCUGUAUCUGUAGAAAAUGCUGGUCUUUUGGCUUUGACACGUGUUGGCAGUCGAAGAGUGGUGCAAAUAUCCGCCGGGUUUAUGAUUUUCUUUUCAAUUUUAGGAAAAUUUGGAGCAGUAUUCGCAUCCAUCCCCCCUCCCAUUGUUGCAGCACUAUACUGCUUGUUCUUUGCUUAUGUUGGUUCGGGAGGUCUAAGUUUUCUUCAAUUCUGCAACCUCAAUAGUUUUAGGACAAAGUUUGUAUUAGGCUUCUCCAUCUUCCUGGGCUUAUCUAUCCCACAGUACUUCAAUGAGUAUACAGCAAUUAAUGGUUUCGGUCCAGUUCACACCGGAGCAAGAUGGUUCAAUGAUAUAGUAAAUGUGCCAUUCCAAUCAAAAGCAUUUGUUGCUGGAGUCGUGGCAUAUUUCUUGGAUAACACGCUACAUAAGAAAGAAUCUGCUAUUCGGAAAGAUAGAGGAAAGCAUUGGUGGGACAAGUACAGGUCCUUCAAAACUGACACAAGAAGCGAGGAGUUUUAUUCACUGCCUUUCAAUCUAAACAAAUACUUCCCAUCUGUGUAAUUUAUUUAGGUGGUUUGGUUUCAUCAAAUAUUGCUCCACAAAAGUCUCUAAUAUGUCGUGAUUUGAUCUUUUUCGAAUAUGAAAUCGGAUCUUAUUACAGGAUAUAGUUUAUAUCAAGUUAUCUCACUUGUUAUAGAGUAGUCUAAAACAUUAGUUUCAUAAUGCAAUGUUAUGUAACAAAAAGAACAUUUGUUUAUUGUUUUUCAUUCUGUAAAUGCUGACAUGGGAACUGGAUUCACUGUAAUAGUGUAUGCUUUAUAUAUCAUUCAUUUGGUAUUUGAAAUAUAUCAUCAGUAAUCAUGUUCUCCUUA